AGGUGUACAUGCAUUCUUUUAAAUAUAUAAGGACAUCCGAAGGCCUGCAUUUGAAUUGCCAUUGAGUGUACACAAGCAUCAACAUUUGUCAAGACAAAUGCCAUGUUCCGUAUAGUGUGAAAUUAAACUGUGCACAAGUUUGACAUACAUUUGAAAUAUCAAAACUUUGAUUCAGCAGUUUGGACAAUUUUCCUCGUUCAUUUGAUAUGGGCGGAUCCAUUCAAUAACACACACUGUCGACUGCAGGUGGCUGGUACUGGUUGCGUUCUUUUGAUUUGGCCGAACCAUUAGACCUACGCGUACGUUGGUGGAAAUACAUUGAUUAAUCUGCGUCAUGGCGGAAAAGACAGAAGACGCUGCUUCUCAAAAUAUAUUGUGUCCUUUGUGCCUGGACGUGUUUGAUAAUGCUUCCAUGUUGAUAUGUGGACAUACGUUCUGCAAGCAGUGUUUAGAGAGGUAUGAUGCCGCCCAUCGAGACCUAGAUCACAUGGUGUGUCCUCUCUGCAUGAAAGUCACCAAGUUGGAUAAAAGUCGAGUCACUGGUCUACCCACAAACUUCACCGUCAAGGGCUUGGUAGACGAGUACCACAACUUUCAUGGUGGGAUAAAUGCUGUUCUGGAGGGUCAACCGAAGUGCACUGCUUGUGAUCUCCAGGGAGAUGCUGUAUCCUUCUGCUACGAGUGUGGAAAUUACAUGUGCGCCAAGUGUGACCAUGGUCACAGUCAAAUGACAUCGCUCUUCCAGGAACAUCAGGUUGUGUCCAUGAAAGACGUCGUUGAAGGAACUGCCAGUAUCGGGCAAGUCACAGACAAGUGUUCGGUGCACAAGCCCGGCAAAAAGGAACUUUUUUGCGAAGAUUGCAAAGUAUAUAUAUGUCUGAUGUGCACGGUCCUUAAUCAUCGUGAUCACAAAAUCAAACAUCAGGCCGACCUCGAGAAGGAGAUACGGGAGAAGGUGGAUGAUAUCAUCAAGCGCAGUAACGACAAAAAAUCCGAGUUCGAGAAACAUAUCCAGGACAUUGAAUCCAAACGCAAAGAAAUCGACACCGCUAUCCAAAAGCUGGAAGGUAACAUAAAAGAGGCGUUUGCGGAAAAACUAGACAAACUGAAAGAGAAUGAACGAAUGCUUAUCACAGAAACACAGCUACUGCGAGAGAAUUGUGGCAAAGAACUGGAUGCCUUGAAGUCCGGUCAUCGACAGAAGAUCAAGGCUAUUUCAAGCUCUGUGAGCCUCGUGGCCAAAGGAAGGUUGAGACAUUUAGAGAAAGACAGUCUGACAGCGCACUCAUUAAUCUCAAACGACCUGGAAGGUCUCUUGGAGGAAGCUAUUGUUGAGGAUUCUGUAACCGACUUAAUGACACGUACCUCCACGACACUGUUUAUACCGGCAGGAGAUACACUUCUUGAUCUUGGUCGUGUGUGUCAAGUCCUUGUAUGGCAAUAGGAAAAGUGGUGGACCUACCAAUUCCAAUGACUGGCAUAACACGGAUAUCUGAGGAUUCGAUUCUUGUUGGAUAUGGUGGUAACAGGGCCGAUGCAGAUAAAGUUGAAAUCAAUGGAAGCGUGCAAAAAUGUACACAAACAAAUAUGUGUCUCUAUGACAUCGCCCAUCAAAGCAACUCAACGAUUGUGGUGUCGAGAGAGCAAAGAAAAAUAAGAUUUUCAGUGCUAAAGACUGGUCCUCGACAUCAGAAAAAACGAUAUCAAAUGAAACAGGAUCUUCAUCCCCAUAUUUAACUGUUAGCUCUGAGAAUGAAAUCAUAGUGGCGAACAGAAAUGAUCGGAUUCAUAUCUUUGAUCCUACUGGAAGCACGAGAAAGCACUCAUUUGCAACAGUGGAAAAACCAUUCCAAGCCCUCGCAACCAAGUCAGGUGUGAUCAUCUCAAGUUCUUGCCACAAUACUCCCAGCAGAGUACGAGUCUAUGGCAGAGAUGGGAAAUUGGGUGAUUCUAUAUCGGCCAAAGAGGGGGAACAUCUCUACCCAGCAGUAGAUGAGGAGGACAGGGUGUUCUUUUAAGUGUCAAUCAGCCAGCUGGUAGAAUACAAAUCACUCUCUACCGUCCCGAAGGUUUGAAGCUCAGGAAAGCAAUAGAGUUUGAGGAGCUUGAACUAACACUGAGUAAUACAUGGUGUUACCUAGUGUCUCUAUCGCGCGAUACACUUGCAUUCGCUUGUGGUAAAAAGGUGUAUUUCCUUACCAUUCCAUGGCUUGGAGCAGUCCCUGUGGCUGCAGAAGAAUCUGAAAUCAAAAGCCAGAGUUAUCUUUAAGUUUGUCCCCCCCCCCCCCCCC